AUGAUUCAUACACCCAACCCACCUCCGAUCCUGUAUAGCUUUCUCUCUCUUUUUCUCUUCUUCCAUCUAAAAAUUCUAACAAGAAACAAGAGUUAUUCCAGGCACAAGAUAAAAAUGGAGGCAAAACAGACGAGUGUUUUGCUAAUCGGCAUACUGCUUGUAAUUGUUUCGAUCGCGAAUGCUGAUUCUUCAACACAAGUAUUGGUGAAGAAGGUGAAGGGGAAGAAAUUUGAGGAGCUCUUUGCAAAAAGAAACUCUCCGGUGGCCCACGCCGCCGGAUUCUGGGAUUACAAGUCUUUUAUCACCGCCUCCGCCCUUUAUCAGCCGCAUGGAUUUGGUACAACCGGCAACAAGACUACUCAGAUGAAGGAGAUCGCGGCGUUUCUUGGCCAUGUUGGCAGUCAAACUUCUUGUGGAUAUGGAGUGGCAACCGGUGGACCAACAGCAUGGGGAUUAUGCUACAACAAAGAAAUGAGUCCUCCCCAUGAGUAUUGUGAUGAUUUCUACAAGUACACUUACCCUUGUGCCCCUGGAGCCGGAUACUAUGGUCGUGGUGCUUUGCCCAUUUAUUGGCAAUACAACUAUGGGAAAAUUGGUGAAGCCCUAAACGUUGAUCUUUUGAACCACCCUGAAUACAUCGAACAAAACGCGACCUUAGCCUUCCAAGCUGCAAUUCACACGUGGGUAACCCCAAUGAAGAAGGGUCAGCCCUCAGCCCAUGAGGCAUUUGUGGGUACUUGGAAACCCACAAAGAACGAUACUUUAGCCAAAAGAUUCCCCGGUUUUGGUACCACAAUGAAUAUCCUUUAUGGUGAUCGUACAUGUGGAAAAGGCGAUGUGGAUGACAUGAACACUGUGGUUUCCCAUUACUUGUAUUAUCUUGACUUGAUGGGUGUUGGACGUGAAGAAGGUGGGCCCCAUGAGGUGCUGACGUGUGCUGAGCAGAAACCCUUUAACCCAUCGGCUUCAACUCAAGCGUCUUCAAGGUAAGGCGAGUUCAACAGUCAGCAUGAUGUUCGUUAUAAAAGAUGUUGAUGUGAGGUUCAUAUUCCAAAAGCCGUAAUAGUGUGAUGCUUGUGUGUUGUCCCUCUGUUUAUAAAACAUUGGAAAUUUUUAUUUGUCCCUAAUUAGAUGUGUUCUAUGGAUGUAGUUUGUGAAUUUUGCUGUUUUAUGAACUACACAGAUCGAUGUUAUAUAUGAGUAUAUGAUGUUUAAGCCAAUCAUCAUGGCACUUUUUAAUAAUUUUAGACGCUGUUUAUGAAC